AUGGACUUGCGAAGUUUUGUUGAGCACGAAAUGAGAAACAUUGCCUCUUCUUCUUCUUCUUCUGCUUCCACUCCUAAAUGGACUUAUGAUGUUUUCUUGAGCUUUAGGGGUGAAGAUGUCCGAAAGAGCUUUGUCGACUUCCUUUACAGUGCUCUGCAACAAAAGGGAAUUUACACCUUCAAAGACGAUGAAAAGCUUGAAAGAGGAAGAUCCAUUUCACCUGCACUACUCCAAGCUAUUAAAGAGUCAAGAAUUGCAGUUAUAAUAUUCUCAGAAAACUAUGCCACUUCUUCAUGGUGUUUAGAUGAGCUCGCAGAGAUCAUUGACUGCAAGCAUGUGUUGGGACAAACUGUUCUGCCGGUUUUUUAUUACGUGGAUCCAUCUGUGGUACGGAGACAGAAAGGCAGCUUUGAUCGACCUUUUGUCAAACAUGAAGACGAAAUAGAGGACAAGGAAAUGAUUCAAAAGUGGAGAGCAGCUCUUACUGAAGCUGCUUCUAUCUCUGGCUGGGAUGCGACAGAAAAUAUUGUGGGCAUGUGGCUGGACUUGUCUACCCCAAAAGAUGUUGUAAUUAAGAAUGAAGCCUUUGAAAAGAUGAAGAAACUAAGGCUACUCAAAAUCAAUAAUGCUUGUGUUUCUCUCUGCCCGAAUUGCAUACCGAAUGAGAUACGCUGGCUUGACUGGCAUGGAUACCCUUCAAAAUUCCUUCCAGAGAUCGCUGGACAAAUUGAAAUACAUCGACCUGAGCUAUUCCCAGAAAUUAAUAAGGAUGCCAGACUUCACGGGACACCAAAUCUUGAGAGAUUGAUCCUUGAAGGCUGUUCAAGUCUUGCUGAGAUACACCCUUCAAUUGAGCACCUUACAAGCCUUGUUUUGUUGAAUCUAAGGGGCUGUGAAAGUCUCGCAAAUUGUGGGCAUGUACUGAGCUUAGAAGAGCUUUAUGUUGAUGGAACUGCCAUCUCCAAGCCACCAUCCUCAAUCGUACUUUUGAAAAACCUAAAAACAUUGUCUUUCAAAGGACGUAAAGCAAUGGCAUCUCGUAAAUGUAGAGCAUUCUCGCCCUCUUGGUUGCUGGGUCGAAAAAGUCAAGAUUCAACUGGCUUGGUUUUUCCAUCUGUUGCAGGAUUAAAUUCCCUAGCAAGACUAGAUCUUAGUGAUUGCAAUCUGUCAGACGAAGGAUUACCUAGCGAUUUAAGGAGCUUAUCCUCCCUAGUAGAAUUAAAUCUUGGCAAGAACAACUUUACUAGUAUCUCUGCUGCAGGUAUCAAGAACCUCAGUCACCUUCGAAUCCUUGAAUUAGUUGGCCGCAAGAGACUUGAGAAACUUCCAGAGCUUCCACUUUGUAUAGAACAAGUGUAUGCAGAUGAUUGUACAUCAUUGCAGAGUGCAACUGAUCUGACAAACCAUGGGAAGUUACGCUGGGUUUCAUUCUAUAAUUGUUUCAAGCUGCUUCAGGAUGAACAAACUUCCAGCAUGGUAUAUGCAACCUGGAAUCACAUGCUGAAGGAAUUUUCACCUGUAGAUGAUAGCCUGAUAGGUGGUAGCUUUAGCAUCUGUCUUCCUGGAGGGAGCAUUCCAUCCUGGUUCACCUACCAGAAUUCAGGGCCUUCAAUAACAGUUAAACUUCCUCCAAAUUGGUACAACGAUGAGUUCAUGGGAUUCGCAGUUUGUGUUGUUUCUGAUUUGAUAAUGACCCCAGUUCCGAGAAACAUAGGGUGUGAUCUUCUACAGAAAGGUAUAGGUUUUGGUCUCUGGUUUACUCCCGUAGAUCAGGAGAUGAAGCGCUAUCCCAACAUAGUCAUACUAGGUUAUUUGGAAACUGAAAACAUGGAUUCAGAACAUACUUGGCUAGGAUAUAUUCCACUUGAUAUUAAUAUUUGGUCUUCGAAUGGAGAUUGGGUACGCAGUUGGACUUCCAUUGAAGUGUGUGGUUUUAUUAGUAUUUUCAAAGCAUGGGGAAUCAGUCUUGUAUACGAGAACGAUGUUAGGUAG